AUGAAGACGUUUCAAUCGAUUCUCACAGCCUUUGGGCUUCUUGCCGUGGUCAACGGUCAAAAGUACACCAACGAUACCCAUAUCGCGUAUACGACUAUCACUACUGAUAUCUAUACAACCGUCUGCCCAUACCCCACUACUUUCUCCAUGGGAACGAAGACUUAUACCGCAACCGCUUCUACUACCCUGACUAUCACUGACUGCCCUUGCACAUAUUCCACCACCAUUGACAAGACGGUUCCAACUGUUCCAGCUUCCUCGUCAACCAAACCAAGUAGCUCUGCUCCAUCUGUUCCAGCUUCAUCGAGUGUUACCAGCAGCGCUUCCUCGGUUGCCAUCAGCCAUCCAACUGUUCCUCUUAGUACUGGGCCAACCACAAAGCCUGUCAAGCCAACAGAGACCGAGCACACAACAUGGACCACUUACACCACAGACAUUCUUACAACCGUUUGCCCUACUCCAACUACAUUAACUUUUGGAACCAAGACAUACACUGUCACUGAUUCAACUACUUUGACCAUUACCGACUGCCCUUGCACCGUUAGCAAGCCACACCCAUCAAGCACCUCGGUGUCAACCAAACCAUCCUCCAGCGAGAGCAGUGUCAAAACCAGUGCUACACCAAAGACCACCGUCAUUGUUCCUCCUCAUGGCAAUGUGACAUCUUCUACUUAUUCAGCGCCACCAAAGACUACUGUCGUUGUUCCUCCUCAUGGAAACUACACAUUCUCCACUUCUUCAAGCUCACCAAAGACUACACCAGUCGUCUGGACUACCACAGUUGUCAGCAGCUACACCACUUAUUGCCCAUCUCCCACCACCGUUGCCAUUGGUAACUUUACUUACACCGUCUCAUCAGCCACAACAUUGACUGUCACAAAGUGCCCUUGCACAGUCAGUUACACCUCAAGUGUUCCAACUGCCAAGCCAAACACUAGUACCACUGUAUCUUACUUGACUACAUAUGUGCCCAGACCAACGACACUCACUAUCAGCUCGAUUCCUCACACGAUUACUGCUCCAGGAAACGUCACUGUCCCAGUUGUUUCUGCUUCUGUGGGAACACCCGUGUAUUUUAUAUCAGUUCCUUCUGUCAAGCCAACUCCAAGCACUAUUACCGUGUCUUACUUGACUACAUACUGCCCUGCGCCAACUACAAUCAUUGUCAGCUCAGUCCCUCAUACAAUCACUGCCCCAGGAACGGUCACCAUUCCAGUUGUUUCAGUUUCUGUUGGAACUCCGGUUCACGAGACACCAGUUCCUUCCGUCAAGCCAACUCCAAGCACUAUUACCGUGUCUUACUUGACUACAUACUGCCCUGCGCCAACUACAAUCAUUGUCAGCUCAGUCCCUCAUACAAUCACUGCCCCAGGAACGGUCACCAUUCCAGUUGUUUCAGUUUCUGUUGGAACUCCGGUUCACGAGACACCAGUUCCUUCCGUCAAGCCAACUCCAAGCACUAUUACCGUGUCUUACUUGACUACAUACUGCCCUGCGCCAACUACAAUCAUUGUCAGCUCAGUCCCUCAUACAAUCACUGCUCCAGGAACGGUCACCAUUCCAGUUAUCACUGUUUCCGUUGGCACUCCAAUUCAUGAGACAUCAGUUACCAGCGUUCCAGUUGCUACUGUGCCAGUCUAUGAGACUCCGGUUGCCAGCGUUCCUGUUCACGAAACACCAGUUGCUAGUGUACCUGUCCAUGAGACUCCAGUUGCCAGUGUUCCAGUUGCCACUGUCCCAGUUCAUGAGACCCCGGUCGCUAGCGUUCCAGUUCACGAAACACCAGUUGCUAGUGUUCCGGUUGCUAGCGUUCCAGUCCAAGAGACUCCAGCUGCCAGCGUUCCAAUUGCCAGCGUUCCAGUCCAAGAGACUCCAGUCGCCAGUGUUCCAGUUGCCACUGUCCCAGUUCACGAGACUCCAGUCGCUAGCGUUCCAAUUGCCAGCGUUCCAGUCCAAGAGACUCCAGUCGCCAGCGUUCCAGUUGCCACUGUCCCAGUUCACGAGACUCCAGUCGCUAGCGUUCCAAUUGCCAGCGUUCCAGUCCAAGAGACUCCAGCUGCCAGCGUUCCAGUGGCUAGCGUUCCAGUUGCAACUCCCUCCCAAGCUACCACCUUAGCCUCCACACCUGCUGCUGUCGGCACUGCUACCGCAACCAGUCCAGCUGAAUUCACUGGUGCUGCCAUGAAGAUUGAUGCUAGUUUCGGUGCUAUUGUUGUUGUUGGUAUCGCAGCCUUCUUGUUGUAG